AUAAAAAUUUCAAAUCCGCGCGCAAAUACCCUCUCACGAUUCGUUUUCAUCCCUUCGAUUCGUUUCGCGAUUUCUCACAUCCUUUUCUCUUCUUAUCAUCGUCCCUCUCUUUCUCAUUCUCAAACCCUAACCCUAACCCUAGCGCCGCUGAGAAGUUUUUGCGAUGAAAGGCGGGAAAUCGAAGGCGGACACGUCGAAGAAGUCCGAAACGAAGUUGUCGGUGAAGAGGAAGGGAUCCAAGGCGCCGCAGAAGCCGGCGAAAAGGGAGAAGGCUGGGAAGGAUCCUAACAAGCCCAAGAGGCCACCCAGCGCCUUCUUCGUCUUCAUGGAGGAGUUCAGGAAAUCAUACAAAGAGAAAAACCCUAACGUGAACAAGGUCGCCGUUAUAGGGAAAGCUGGUGGCGAGAAGUGGAAAUCCCUGUCCACAGUGGAAAAGGGUCCAUAUGAAGCCAAAGCCGCAAAAUUGAAGACAGAGUAUAACAAGAAGAUGGAUGCCUAUAAUAAUCAGAGCGAGAGUGGAAACAACGCCGCCGAUGACGAAGAAGAGACAUCUGAUAAGUCAAAGUCUGAAGUCAACGAUGAAGAUAACGAGGAUGAAGAAGAAGAGAGUGGCGAGGAUGAAGAUGAUGAUGAAUGAGAUGGACGAGGAUAAGAGGGACGAAGUAGCAGGCCUUGUUGCAGGGUUGGUUAUCUUUUUAUAAUUUGGAAAGCUUUAGGAAAAAUAGAAAAAAAAAACAAAAAAAAGAUGGACCUUUUCUUACUUCGUCUUCUUGUCCUGAAUGUGAUGAUAUUAUAUAUAUAUCAGUUUGGAUGGUUGGGUGGUUCUCUGAUAAUGGCAAACUAUGUUUUGGAGUAGUUUGGUGGGUAAUGGAUGUAUUUUCAGGGCACUUCUUGCAGAGGACUUUGUGUAGUUAAAAAAAAAAAAAAAUAUCGUUCUGACUAA